AUGUCGUCGUCCACUCUCGCGCGCCCCGUGCUUCGGCAAUCCGGUGCCUGGAGUCGCAUGGCCGCCCGACGAUUCGAGUCGUCCACCACGGCGAAGGCCACCGAGGCCACGAAGGAGACCGCUUCCAAGGCCUCCAACACCGCGAAAGAGACUGCCUCCAAGGCCUCCGAGACCACGAAGCAGGCUGCCUCCAAGGCCUCCGAGACCACGAAGGAGACUGCCUCCAAGGCCUCCGAGGCCACUAAGGAGACUGCUUCCAAGGCUUCCAGCUCCGCCUCCGAGUACGCUUCCAAGGCGCAACAGGGUCUGUCAAAGGUCACCUCCUCGGCUGGCCCGGCUAUCGCGGGUGCUGCGAAAGGAAUGGCGAACUCGCUUAGCAGGGUCGGUGGCCGCACUGGAAGAAUGGUUGCUUUCGUUGAGAAGCAAGUUCCCAAGGUUGUCUACUACUCCAAGGUCGGCGCAGAGCUAUCCAAGAUGGUCUUCCACGGCCAGAAGAUGUCGCCACCCUCGGUUUCAACCAUGCAAUCAUACUACCAGAACGCCAUGAAGAUCAUGCGGAACCCGAGCAGCCUCAUGCAGACUGCUUCCCAGACCGCCGAAAAGGCCGCCCAGCAGCCCGCCUCCAUCCUCCAACGAGUUCAGAACAUCAACCGGGCACAGCUUGUUGCUGGCGGCGUCGUGCUCGCCGAGUGCCUUGGUUUCUUCAGCAUUGGUGAAAUGGUCGGCCGCUUCAAGAUUAUUGGCUACCACGGCGACAACGGUGCUGCUCACCACUAA